UCGAUAAUUGAUGCUGAAAAUAUUCAUUUGUGUCGCUGUAUAAAUAGGGAAGAUUUUCAUGUGAACAAACAGUACACUUCAGAUUUAGAUAUUUUGUGUAAAAUGAACCAUUCAAUUCAAGUCUUAGUUUUGGUUGCCUUUUUCACCAAUGGCGUUCAAUUGGCGUUUGGUGAUAAUUCAAAAAUGUUUGAUGAGACAUUUUCUGACGGUGUUAAGGAUAUCGAAGAGAGAAUACAAAAACUUAAAAAUACCCUUCAGACCGUACUAGAUAAACAUCGCAAUAACGAAGACCUGUUAUUUAUUAAAGAAGACAUUGAAAGAUUUUUUGUCACUCGUACGUUGACAAGUCUUAAACAAGUACACGAAAUGUAUAUUCAAUGCAGUCAACGAUUUGAACCAAUUUAUACGGAAUAUCUGAGAAAAGUGAGCACAAUAAAGAACGCCAAAGAAAAAUCAGAGAAAAAAUCAAAAUUCCAAGCAAUAGUCAAAAGUUCAAGAGGAAAAGUUUUGAUGACAUUCAAAAUUGGCAUAUACCUACGUUAUAUUCAAGACAAGUUGAUCCAACUCGAAGAUAAACAUAGUAUUUUUUCGACAAUCUUGAAUUUGGUGAAAGUAGGCGAAUCUGGAGAUGAUAAAUUGGAUGAAUGGAUGAUCGCAAUUAGACCGGCCAUUGAUAUUGAAUCGAACCUUAAGGAAAUUUUAAAAAAUGCAUCUUGCCAAGAGAUUAACGAUUUUAUAGACGCUCUUAAAGAAACUUUUACAUCAUAAUUUUAAUCAUUGUAAAAAUAAACAAUCACAAAUGUUAUGAUUUUUUUAAUAGUAAAAAAUUAUUUACUUACAUUUUGUUUUUGAAAAGAAACUUUUGUUUAUCAUUUCAUGAAACUAUGUAAAAAAAAUUAAACAAAGUGUUCUUUCGAUUUGAGAAAUAAAAGUUUGACAAUGAAUUAAGACAAAUUUAGCGACAAAAGAAAAACUGACUAGUAUGACUACAUUUGAUAAAACUGAAUAAAUAAUAGAAACGCUGGAAUUUACAUUGAUAGAUCCUCGAAACACAA